AUGCAAGCAAGUUUACCUGGCGAAAAGAAAGUCGACACAGAGCGGCUGAAGCGUGAUCUAUGCCCACGUAAACCCAUUGAGAUAAAGUACUUUUCACAGAUAUGUAACGAUAUGAUGAACAAAAAGGACCGAUUGGGUGAUAUUUUGCAUAUUAUCUUGCGAGCAUGUGCACUCAAUUUCGGGGCGGGUCCCCGUGGUGGCGCUGGUGACGAAGAGGAUCGAUCUAUUACGAAUGAAGAACCCAUUAUUCCCUCUGUGGACGAGCAUGGCCUGAAAGUAUGUAAGUUGCGCAGUCCUAACACUCCACGAAGACUCAGAAAAACACUAGAUGCCGUGAAAGCUUUAUUGGUGUCGUCUUGUGCUUGUACCGCAAGGGAUUUAGAUAUAUUUGAUGACAACAACGGCGUUGCAAUGUGGAAAUGGAUCAAAAUUCUGUACCACGAAGUAGCGCAGGAAACCACGCUGAAGGACUCUUAUAGAAUAACUUUGGUACCUUCUUCUGAUGGUAUAUCAGAUACCCUUACCGUUAUCCAGAGCUUCAGCUACUCGCUUUUGCCGGUCCUCAGCGCAACGUAUACGUCGAUGAUACAACAAGACGCAUCCAACUGUACACUGAUUACAACAAGAACGGUUCAUCGGAGCCUCGACUAA